CUUCUCAACAUAUCAUGUCUUAUUAUUUCUUUAUUUACUCUUUUUUCUCUCGGUCUCUGAUACCAAAACACCGACUUCCAUCAAAGUAGCUCUCCAUUCUCUAUCAUAUACGGUACUAAGUCAUAAGUUUGGGUACAGGGAAAUACCACUGCUCGGACUGCGCUCUUUUCCGGUCGACAACACUGUGAGAGGUACCCCGAUGAGCAGAUAGCUGGCCAGUCUAAAGGUAGCCUGAUUUCCACUGCAUCAAACUUUACAUUGUGUUCCCAUUACAAUAUCAGGCCAUAGGUUCGGACACGUCAAUGUCCCACUGAUCGGACUCAACGCCUGCUUGCUCGACACCACUGUAAGGCGUUCCCCAGCUAGCAGGCGGCUAGUCAGUCAAAAGGCAACCUAAUUCCCACAGCAUCGACCAUAACCAAAAUGUGCAUCAUCCACACCAGCGAAGCCGCCGACUGCGGCCACACCGUCGAAGAAGACUCCCACCUCUGCCGCGCCGCCCGCCGCAACCACGACCUGGAAUGCGACCCGCCCACCCGCAUCGUCGAAGGCAGCGUCCCGGGCCUAUGCCGCGUCUGCCGCGAAGCGAACAUGGACCGCCGUGACAUGGCCGACACAGCCCGCGUCAUCGAGGCCUCGCGCCGCGCCGCCGCUGCUAAGGAAGACGAGCGCCUCCGCUCCACCCUCGAAGCAUCACGCCGCCAACCCCCCGAGCGCUGGGAAGCAGACCUGCAAACCGUCCUUGAGCGCUCCAGGCGCGAAGUGCCGCCCGCAGGCUGGGACGGCGACAUUGAUGCUGUACUCGCCGCCUCCCGCGCGGACUUCGAGGCACAGGAGGCGGAGCGGGAGGCGCGGGAGGUCGAGAUGCUGACCGCGGCGUCGAUGAGGGAGUGGUCGGAGCAACUAGCACGUGCGCCGACGGAGUAUUACCGCUUCAGUGUGAAGUUUGCGUGCGGGCAUACGGUCGAUAUGGGCGCGUCGAAGAUCGAGAGGCAGCCGGGGGCGCCGGGGCCGGGGUAUUUUGAGCAGGAUGAUCCGUUUGAGUGUCCGGAUUGUCAGGGGCGGGGCGGGUCGAGUAUGGGGCCGGCGGCGAGAUGGGAGGCACUGAGUAGACCGAGGCCGGAGAAGAAGAGAGAGGAGGGGGGGAGUGUGGCGAGCAGUCAGGUGCCGGUUGCGAGGAGUCAGGCGAUGAGCCAGGCGAUGAGAAAUGUGAAUGAGUUCGAGGAUCUAGCACCGGGGAGCAAGGGUAAGGGGAGGAUGGAUACGGCGAGUGUGGCGAGGAGUGAGAAACCGGCGGCAUUACCAUCAUCCUCACCGGGAGUUGGAGGGUUGACGAAGCAGAUGGGGAAGAUGGGUAUUGAGAAACCGAAGCCGUUAGAGCAUGUCUUACCUUCGGCUGAGCAGAUGCGCCAGAAACGUCUCGCUCACCUCGGGACAAUGCCAAAGGCUCCAAGUAAGAAAGGCCAGUCUAUUUCUCAGACUAGAGAAGCUGCCUCUACGCGUGGCCAAAAUACCUCUCAAGUGCAGAGCUCCACUUCCGGGCGUAGAGAAUCCAAGUCUCAGAUAGGCGCCGCAAGUCCAAAGACUACAGCAAGCCCCAGGAGCCCGUUGAAUCCAGCGUUCAAGAAAUCCACGGAGACAAAACCGCAGGAACCUGUGUUGCCUCCGGCAGAGAAGAUGCGGCAGCAACAUCUCGCCCAUCUGGGCGCAUCACAGCAGCCUUCGAAAUCGAAGAGAUAUUCGGCUUCACGAACUGGAGAUAAUUCCUCUGUACGCGGUCAAGCUGUUCCUCGACAGCAAGAUACUGCCUCGGUACGUGGGCAGUCUAGCUCACAGGUUGGUACAUCAAGUUCAAGAACUGUGGUAGGAAGCUCUAGUAGUCCGCUAGGUCCGAUGGCCAAGAAACCCACGGAAACAAAGAAGCCUGUCGAAGCAAAGAAGGCCAUAGAAGCGAAGAAAGAGACGGGACCCGUUUUGACUCCCACAGAGAAAAUGCGCCAGCAGCGUCUCGCGAACCUAGCCGGGUUGCAACAGACUUCAAGUCAGAGAGGGGAGUCUGCCUCACGAGUUGAGGAUUCUUCGUCGAUGCGUGGCGCCUCACAACGAAAUGACUCCAAUUUUAUGCGUGGGCAACAUGGCUCGCAGGCAGGGACGGUAGGUCCAAGGACGGUAGUGGGCUCUCAGGGUUCGCAAAGUUCGACGGCCAAGAGGCCUACAGAACAGAAGAACCCCGCUGCGGCCACAAAACCUGUGGAUAUCAAGCCUGCAGUGUCUAAGCCUGUAGCAGCCAGUCAAGCCACAGAUAAUAGGAGUAUAGUGAGCAAGGCUCCGGAGCCAGUCAAAGAAGCUGAGGAGGAAAAAGACUCUGAAUCCGAACCAGAGCCCGAGGACCCUGAUUACGUUCGUCAGCAGCGCCUGGCACGCUUCAAGUAGACUGCGAGGUGAAAUUGAAGGGGAUGAAAUGUAAGUUAGUGAUAUAGCUGCAGGAAUGGGCUGGUAGAUUUUAAUUUGAAAUGAAAAGGAAGAUCAGCAG